CAACAUUGCCUAAUUCUAUUUCUGAAAAAAACAAACAAACAAACAAAGACGAAAAAUUGACGAUCUCUCUCUAAAAUCGUUCUUUGGGCGUCGAAAAUACAAUACAUUAUUUCAGCAAGUUGCAUUGAUUAUCCGUCGCGAUCCCAGAGAUCUAUGCGCGAAGAUCAAGAUUCGGUAACUGGACCUCUCAAUUCGUGGUUAAGAAUAAUCUUACUAUGCGACCCAGCAAAUGGCGGAGGCAGAAAGUACUCACUUCGAUUUGAUUAUUCGUCAUGGUAGAGUUAUAGAUCCAGCUAAUGAGCGAGACUUUAUAGCAGAUGUUGGAGUCAGAAGCGGAAGAAUUUGCGCAGUCGCUAGAGGUCUUGAAGGAACAGGGCUGGAGGAGUUUGACGCAUCAGGCUAUAUUGUAACACCUGGGUUGAUUGAUAGCCAUGUGCAUGUUUAUCAGUAUGCCACGCCCUUGGGUGUUAAUGUGGACGAGACAUGUUUGGCCAGGGGUGUUACAACUGUUGUUGAUGCUGGGAGUGCAGGAGCCUCAACCUUUCCUGGCCUUCGAAAAUUCAUUGCAGAAAAGUCCCAGACCACAGUUUUGGCUCUACUCCAUAUAGCAGCUCAUGGUUUGGCAUCUGCAGGAUGUACUGGUCAAGCAAAAGGGGGUGAGUGUGAUUCAUUAAAUCAAGUGGAUGCAGAAUUGUGUGCAGAAUGUGUGAGCAAAAACAAAGAUAUGAUUGUUGGUGUAAAAGUUCGUCUUUCAGCAAGUGCUGCAAAUGAUGGAGCUAAUGAAGAGGAAGCUUUCAGGAGAGCUCUCAAAGUAUCAUCAGAAACCCAUGUUCCUCUCAUGGCUCAUCACACAUUUUCCACUAUUGAUACUCAAAGAAAAGGGAAAGACAUUAUUUCAUGCCCCGGAAGCCUUCGUCCGGGAGAUAUUCACACACACUGUUUUCAUGGCUGGCCAAGUACCAUCAUUGGCCCAAACAAACAAAUUUACAGUGAUGUUUUAAAAGCUCGCCAACGUGGGGUUCUUUUUGACGUGGGCCAUGGAGCUGGGUCGUUUUCAUGGACUGUAGCAGAGAUCUGUGCAAGAGAGAGCUUCUGGCCAGACAUAAUCAGUUCCGAUUUGCACGUAGAAUCUGUAGAGAGCCCUGCGUACGAUUUAUUGACUGUGAUGACAAAAAUGCUGCACGUAGGAAUGCCCUUGAAUGACGUCAUCAAAGCUGUUACCAUGACACCCGCAAUUGCCUUUAGACGAGGCAAUGCGAUUGGAUCGCUGAAUGUGAAUCAUGCAGCAGACAUUACGGUGUUGCAUUUUGAAGAAUUUGACAUGGACCUCGAAGAUUGUAACGCACAGUUAAGAAAAGUUAAACGGAGUUUUGUCCCUGUCGCUGUAUGGAAGCACGGAGUUAAUUUUAAGACCUCUGAAGCUCGGCCGUUUCCCAAUGAGGGUAAACUACAGGAGUUGGCCUCAUUAAAUGACGCACUUCUGAUCAAAGAUGAAUUUUGAAUAUUUUGUUUUUCAAUUAAGAUGAUUAUUGAUUCAGAAAUUAUUUACCAGAGUAAACUGAAAGCUAUUCACUUCUCCAAAGAAGAAUGAGAAUUUUCCAAAGCACCUUGAUUUGGAGUGCGAUAAAGGAAUUGUGAUCGUAUAGUCUGAUCGUCCGGGUGAGAGCCGCUUUCUUUCGUCUUUAAAUUACCAAUUCUUGAAAAUCUUAAAAAUAUAGCGUACCGACGAGGAUGGGAUUCGAACCCACGCGUGCAGAGCACAUUGGAUUAGCAGUCCAACGCCUUAACCACUCGGCCACCUCGUCUAUUUUCUUAUAUGUUGAUUCUGUGCAUUACAGAUACCAUUUUUCAGCUUUUUACUCGUUACGGUGGCCAAUUUACGUUUUCAGCUCAGUUGUUAGUUGCUAGCCUUAAGUUUUCGAAAUGCUCGAGCAAAAAACGGGACUCAGCAUGACGCGUUGACUGGGAAAUUAUAUAAUUAUGCGUUUUAGAACGUAAAGGAGUGCACACAUGAACUUUAGCGUGCUGUUUGAAAUUAAGUUAUACCUUGAAAUAGAAUUUAUUGACAGAUGA